AUAAAAAUCAAGGAUCGAGUUUCAUUACUCAGAGGUGGUUAUUAUAGAUGACCAAGACGAACGUGGUUGCACCAUAAAUUAUUUACAUAGUUUAAAUUUUAAUGAUUUAAUAAAAGGUUGGUGUGACCACGAACUGUGAUAGACGCAGAUAGACUGGUGGCAUUACUUAGAACUAGACUCUAAAUUUAAACAAAAAAUGAUACGUUAAUAGACUCAAAAUUUCAACAAAACGUUUCUUUAAUAUUCUUAACGGAUGUCAAACUAACCUUGUUCUCAGGACCGAGCAUUCAGGGAGACAUAUAUUGACUAACUUUAUUUAUUUAUUGUCAAUUCCUUAUACCAAUUUUACGUGGCCAGGAUUUAUGUAGCAACCUUUUUUUAGAGACUAGCCUUAUGUACCGUCAGAUUCAUCACAAAAGUAAAAAAGUCUAAGAACGAGAUUGAUAUUAGUAAAGUUUUGUUAUAUGUCUAGAAAUUUCGUUCUUCAGAUUACAGUUAGAAAUCCUAUGUAUUGUUAUUUAAAAAGAUGACUUUUAUUUAUGCCUAAAACUUUUAACCUUACCUUAACCGAGAAAGAAUGGAUAAGUCUUAGCAUCCAUUUUCUUUUUUAUAUUUUCUAAAAUACUUCUCCAAUGUAUCUAAACAUAUUUACUUUUGAUAUUUUCCUUUCAUUAGGCUAGUUAGGGAGUUGCCAUAGUAACGGUGUUGUCAAUAGCAACAAAACAAUCUGAGGUAUUGUUAUUACUUAGAUUUAAUUUGGUGAUGCAUAAUAAGGGUGGACUAACAAAAUCCACGCACAAAUCAAUUACACUGACGAAGAGGGUUAUCUCAAUUAAAACCACUUGUGACAACGGUCUUCAAUUUGGUUAUAUCCCAAUCCUCCAGGAUUUUUUAUAAAGGAAAAUGUUUUUGCUUUCCAAUUCUAGGCACACACAUACACAUUUUCAAAAAAUUUUAAAAAGAUGACAAAACUUGAGUAAAAUAAAUUUGCAGUAUAAAUGUAGCUUUAAUAGUUCUCUAUAUUUUUGAACGCAUAAUGAUGUGUCUUAACGUUGGCUUAAAACGUUUUAAUCAAAUUGUUGCCUCCUGGCUAUCUACUUGCGUGGCAAGAGUAAAUCCACGUUUUUGCUUAUUGCGUUCGUUAAGAUGAUAUCAAAAUCAACCUUCGUUUCAAUCACGUUUGUCGUCAGUUAUGACUUUUAGAACAACGAACGUCUCGAAAACUACUGCUGUUUUGGUAAUCCCCGUUAUUUUGUCAUUUUGUUAUUAACUUACUUCAGGCUGGAUGUUACACGCAAGUUGCUGAGUCCGUAUUGCUUGUAAGAUGUUGCUGAUGAAAAAAGCGUAUAUUUAUCAUAUUCUUUUUGCUUUAGAGAGAUACCGUUUAUGUGGAAGCAAGCGAUGCCUUCAAGUCCGUUUUAAAAACAAACCCUUCAACCUAAAUGUUGAUUCAGCGAGGCUAUGGAUACACGUAGCAUCGAGACAAAACAUAACACGCUCAACGAUAAAGCUAUACAAAGUUGCUGGAAACCGGAAAAAAUUGCUACAGAUUAGUAGAAGCCGUAGUUUAAGACCUGGUUGGUAUGCCAUGGAACUAAUAACAAAACAUAUAAUUCGAAUAACCUCCACGGGUGAGAGUUAUAUGGACUUCAUCCUGGAGAUAGAAAGUGAAAAUCGUUUGUUCGAAUUAAGCAAAAAAGCCGACGUACCAUUUCUUGAACUAACGACAAAAACUAAAAUCGGCAAACGAAAAAGACGCUCUGCGGAGGAGAAUUGCACUAGUAAAAGUGCGUGCUGCCGAGCUGAAUUUGUUAUUAACUUUAAAGACAUUGGCUGGGAUGACUGGGUGGUGUCUCCAGACAAAUAUAAUGCGUAUUAUUGCAACGGACAUUGCAAAAACAAAUAUAAUUAUCGGCAUGCCGGCAUUUUACAAGCCGCGACAAGUCAGUUGAAACGCAAAGACGUUAAAGUUUGUUGCACGCCAUAUAAGUACUCGUCGCUUAAACUUUUGUACUGGAAUGAAGGAAAUAUGUACGAGAAGGUCAUUGAUCACAUGAUUGUUGAUGAAUGCAAGUAUAUCAUCGAGGGUGCAAAAAAGUUGGAUUAA